AUGGAUAACUUUUCCUCACACCCUGAGCCCAACGCAUCCUGUGCACCCUGUGCAGACAGAGGCACCCCCUGGACCAAUGCCUCUUCCCCGCAGCCGCUCCCAGACUUCUACCUGGCUGUGCCCAUCAUCUACUCCCUCAUCUCUGCUGUGGGGCUGACGGGCAACACGGCUGUCAUCUACGUCAUCCUGCGGGCCCCCAAGAUGAAGACGGUCACCAACCUCUUCAUCCUCAACCUGGCCGUGGCCGAUGAGCUCUUCACCCUGGUACUGCCCAUCAACAUCGCCGACCACCUGCUGCGGCAGUGGCCCUUUGGCGAGCUGAUGUGCAAGCUCAUCAUCUCCAUCGACCAGUACAACAUCUUCUCCAGCAUCUACUUCCUCACUGUCAUGAGCAUUGACCGCUACCUGGUGGUGGUGGCCACACUCAAGUCAAGCAAGGUGUCCUACCGCACCUACCGUGCUGCCAAGCUGGCCAGCCUGGGCAUCUGGGCUUUGGUCUCCCUUGUCAUCUCGCCCUUUGCUGUCUUCGCCAAGCUCCACCAUGAGCAGGGCCGCUCCCAGUGCGUCUUUGUCUUCCCCAGCCCAGAGAGCUUCUGGUGGAAAGUCAGCCGCGUCUACACCCUCCUGCUGGGCUUUGCCAUCCCCGUCUCCACCAUCUGCAUCCUCUACACUGCCCUGCUGGCCAAGUUGCGUGGCGUGCACCUCCAUAGCCACGCCAAAGCCCUGGACAAAGCCAAAAAGAAAGUGACCCUGAUGGUGCUGGUCAUCCUGGCCGUGUGCCUCUUUUGCUGGACCCCUUACCAUCUGAGCACAGUGGUGGCCCUCACUACGGACCUCCCACAGAGCCCGCUGGUCAUUGGCAUCUCCUACUUCAUCACCAGCCUCAGCUAUGCCAACAGCUGCCUCAACCCUUUCCUGUAUGCCUUCCUGGAUGAGAAUUUCCGGAAGAGCUUUCGCAAGCUGGUGGAAUGCAGGGCAUCUUCCUAGAGCCCCUGUGCUCCUUGCCAUUUUCAA